AUGUUUCAAAAUAAAGCGCGCAAUUCAGACACCGAGAUGAGGAGUGGAAAUCAGAUGGAGAGUUCUAUUGAAGAUAUCCAAGAGCUUGAGCCACCACCAGAUCUAGAUUCACCACCAUCAACUAUUCCACUGAAGUCAAUGCAUGAAAAUUAUGAAAUUCUGGAAGAACUUGGUAAUGGGUCCUUUGGCUCAGUGACAUUGGCGAAGUACAAGAUUAAUGAUUGCUUCUCAAAGGACCAGGACCGCAAACGGAUGACAAUGAUGGAUCCAAAAUAUAAUAAUAGACCAGAAAAUAUAUCCAAUUCAAGAAAACAGGGUUUAGUUGCGAUUAAGACAAUGCUGACAAGACUCCCCACCUUACAUGAUUACACGAGGGUUCGUGAGGUUAAAUUCAUUCUUUCAAUGACAGCUAAUAAACACCUAAUCCAAGUAUAUGAAAUAUUUGUCGAUUCUGAAAAAUACCAAUUACAUAUUGCUAUGGAGUAUAUGGAACAAAACCUUUAUCAGAUGAUGAGACGUCGCAAGAAAAGAGUUUUCUCAAUACCUUCUCUGAAAUCUAUACUGGCCCAGGUGCUGGCUGGUUUGAGGCAUAUCCACGACCAAAACUUCUUUCACAGAGAUCUUAAACCAGAAAAUAUAUUGAUUACUCCAAGUACUAGAUAUUUUGAUUCCAGUUGGUUGGAGAAAGGUAAUUAUCCAGAUAACUAUGUUGUUAAACUUGCCGACUUCGGAUUGGCAAGGCACGUUGAAAAUAAAAACCCAUAUACUGCAUACGUCUCAACUAGGUGGUACAGAUCUCCCGAAAUACUUCUCCGAAGUGGAUACUAUUCCAAACCAUUGGACAUAUGGGCAUUUGGUUGUGUAGCUAUGGAAGUAACAGUAUUCAAGCCUCUCUUUCCAGGUUCAAACGAAAUUGAUCAAAUAUGGAAGAUUCUUGAAGUGUUAGGAACGCCCCAUACCUUGGAAGAGUCAAAAAAUUCAAACUAUACUCCACAUGGUGGACUUUGGGAGCUUUCAAAAGCCUACGCCGCUAAAUUAAAUCUUAAAUUCCCAUAUGUGGAAGGUAGUUCAUUAGAAAAAUUACUUUGUAGUAAUCAAUUAACUGAUUUACUUGCUGUUAUUAAACUCUGUUUAAAAUGGGAUCCAAACGAAAGAGCAUCGGUGGAACAAUUAAGUAGUAUGCCAUUCUUCACCAAUACUGUUGCUGACAACUCCAUUUAUGAGAAAGAAAAUAAUACAAAUAAGAAUACAUUAAGAAGCAUUGCUGAGCAAGCGUUAUUGUUCGCAGGCUUACCUAGUUCCCUAAGUCUGAAGAGCUUAAGAGGAAAUAUCAAAUUGAGGGAUACAGAAGAACUUGUUACAGAUGAACAACCUAAUGACAGAGAGAAAGAUACCAAUUUUGAAAAUGUUCCACUUGAUGAUAGAUCUGAGUCAUUGAGCAUUCGGCGGGAAGAUCGGGUUCCGCUAACUACAAGCACAAACAAAAAAGAGAGCCAAUGUUCUGCAAAAGACAUAUGCAGAGAUAGUAGUUUUAUGUUGAGGAGUAUUAGCCAGUCAAAAAAGAGGAAGAAGCUAGACAACAAUAAAUUGCAAAUUGAUUCUAGCGCCAAUUCCAACAAUAAUGAAAGCAAUAAGAUUAUAGGGUGUUCAACAUAUCGUUUCCCUAAUUUUCAAGGUAAUUUUGCUUCAAAACAAGAUCAAAACAUUGAACUAGGAAACUGCAACGGUUCGGAAAUAACAAAAACAGAUUUCAUGAAGUCUGGUCAACUCCAUCAAUGCAACCGUAUUAAUGAGGAAAUUCAGAAUGAACUUUCUAAACCAAUUACUUUCGAAGAACAAAAUGCCAAUAACAUUGAAAAAGAGCCCUUUAGUACAGUUCCAGAACGCUGCCCUACGGAUUAUACAGCUUUUACUUUUAAUAAUAUUACUGGCAAUGACUACACAUUUGGCUGUCAAUUUUUUAAAACAAAAAAAGAGACUGGACGACUCCCACACGAGUCAUCCCAUUCCGUAAACGAGCUGUUAGAUAACAUGUCAAUUGAAGACCUUCCAUUAAAAUCCAAUCAGAUGACAGAACUAGAGCCUAGAACUAUCCCAAUUAGUUUGGUUGACCAAUUUGGAAGUGAUAAUCUCAAUUAUAAUAUAUUUGAAAACAACUCAGAGCUCCGUAGCCCAAAUACUAAUGAAGCAAAAGCGUCAACAUACGAGUUCGCAUUUAGUAACCCCUGUCAUGCUAUUGGGAAUAUUACUUUUUGA